UCAGCCAGGCAGCUUGCAUUGCUCUGGCGACUGCAAGCGUAGCGCAGUAAUAAUUUAUUACUUCUAAAAACAUGGAUAAUAUGACGUUGAAAGAGAUUCAGAGCAAGUUGCUACAAUGGGAGGCUUCAGAGAAUCCUCUCGCACCUCUUACAGCGGACCAGAGAGAGGCUAUCCUGGAUUUGGAGUCGUUAUUACUCGGUGGUUCGACGGAUUAUGAAGUUCCCAAACCACAAAUGUCCGACGUAGAUGCUGAUAAAACAGUCCUAUCAGUCGACACAACAUAUGAUUUCCUGGAUUGGUACGAGAACCUGUAUGAGACCAGUCAGAAAGCUGACGAUGCUCCGUAUGAGGCUUAUUACAAACAAUUGGAGGACCGGAGAAAUGAAUGUGUAUCGUUGACUAAUCAGAUUACAGAUACAAUGUCGGAUCUGAACAGACUGACUGAGGAGUACGAGCUGGUUUCCAACAAGACUAAUGCCCUGCACAAUAUGAGUGAGCAGCUGCUAGCGGACCAAAAUAAACUGUCAAGUAUAGGCGAAGAUAUAAAACAGAGGCUACACUACUUCACACAAGUUGAACAUUUGUCACAAAGGUUGAACAGUACAACCAUGUCAGUGAACAGCGACGCGUUCUUCACUGUACUCGCGAAAAUAGACAACUGUCUGGAGUACAUGAGAAACAAUGGCAACUACAAAGAAUCCCACACGUACCUGGUUAAAUAUCGGCAUCUACAAAACCGCGCUAUCUCGCUCAUUCGCUCCUACGUCACGCAUGUGCUGAACCACGCCACAGAGCAAGUACUAGCCCCCAAAGAGGAGGACCCGACUGAUCAGGAGUCUAUGGACACUGCCUACGCUGUGUACUUCGGAAAGUUCCAAGCUGCCGCCCCUAAACUGAGAAUGGUUAUCAAAGAGAUUGAAGAACGAGCUGAGAAAAAUACCGACUACGCGUCGUUGCUCUCGGACAUCCAGCGGGAGUACGCGUCUCGCCGCGCCCGCGUGGCCGGCGCCCCCGUGGCGGCGGCGCUGGCGGCGGCCGGCGGCCGGCACCCGCGGGACCACUGCACGCUGCUGCGGACCGCCUGCUCCUUGUUGGCGCAUGCGUGCAGUGACGAGUGCGCGCUCUACUCGCACUUCUUUGCGCAGACUUCUGCGGCUUUAGAAGAAUAUCUGCAGUCUCUAUGCAAUGGGCUGUAUGAGACACUGCGCCCACACAUCAUCCACAUCAACCACCUGGAGACCCUCGCGGAGCUGUGCGUCAUACUACGAGUCGAGGUCAUUGAAGAACAAGUCAAUAAUGAUCCGGCGACCCUGGCGGCGCUGGGCGUGUCUGCGCGGGCGCUGCUGCAGGACGCGCAGGAGCGGCUGGUGUUCCGCGCACACGUGCACCUGCGGGCAGACGUGCUGCUGUACCGGCCCGCGCCCGGGGACCUGGCCUACCCGCACAAGCUGGAGAUGAUGGAGCAAAUCGCACUAUCGAUACAAGAGCAAGCAAUGAAACGCAGUGACUCCCGCAACUCCAUGGUAUCAGACGUGUCAGCUACCAGCCAAGAAGUAGCCAAUAUCAACGUGGAGGCCCAACGCCGACCGCAAGCCUCCCCCGCCGACCUGCACGGCAUGUGGUACCCGGGCGUCAGGAGAACGCUCGCAGCCUUAUCCCGGCUCUAUAGGUGCUUAGAAAAGAAAGUGUUCCAAGGCCUUGCACAGGAAGCGAUCUCGCUCUGCGUGCAAAGCAUAGACAACGCUGCCAAGCAGAUAUCGGCCACCAAAACAACCAUCGACGGCGAACUGUUCCAAAUAAAACAUUUACUCAUUUUAAGAGAGCAAAUAGCCCCUUUCCAAGUAGACUUUGUCAUCAAAGAAACGACCCUGGAUUUCAGUAACAUGAAAAAUGCAGCGUACGGGCUUAUUCAGAAACCAAAGCAGAUAUUUUCCUUAAACAGUAAUAAUGCGUUACUAGAGUUUCUAUUAGAAGGUACGCCAAUGGUCAGAGAACAUCUAUUGGAUUCGAGAAAGGAGGUCGAUCGGCAGCUGAAGACUUGCUGUGAGGUUUUUAUCAAGGAUGCCACAGAGAUACUCGCUGGGCCCGUCAUUGCGUUUUUGGAAAAGGCCCAAGCAGUCACGCCAGCUGUUGAGCGAAAGGCUACGGCAGAGGAACUAGCAGUCGUCGUGAAGGAGGCCCAGAGACGGAUCAAAACGCACCUCGCGCCGCUGCAGCGCUCCAUGCAACUCUAUCUCGCCAAUAAGGAGACUGAGUUUAUACUCUUUAGGCCUAUAAGGAAUAAUGUCGUCGGAUAUUUCGUACAAAUGGAGCAAUUGCUGACGAAUUCUGGUUAUUCAUAUGAGGACACUCUUAUUGUGGCGUGUCCUACGCCCGAACAGGUGUCAGUUUUCAUAUCCUCUGCCAGUCUUAUCAGCCACAGUGAACCAGUGUUGCCAUAUGGGACAAAAAGGAAAACUAGCACCGUCCGUAAACCCAGUGUUUCCAGCGUUCAAGAGAAAAAAGAAGAAAGUCCUAGUGAUUCUACCAACAACAGCACUGUUGUCUAGCAUUCAUGUACCAUCAUUUAGGUUAUGUAUUGAUAUAAAAAUAAUACACAGUAUCACUCAUUAGGAGGCAAAUAAGUUUAUUUACACAUUGUAUUUACUUAUACUCCUAUAAUAAAUAAAUACAUUCCACCAAA